GGCCCAGUUCCCUAGACUCCACACUCCCGCUUUUCAGCAACUUCCCGGGACCUAAAGCCGUCUGGAUCCUGGCUCAGUCCCCAGGAGAAGCCCACCCAGACUCUGGCAGUUGGAAACCCGAGGCCGGCCUGAUCCGGAUGCUCGUUCACCGGCGUGACAAGAUCCCCCUCCCCUGAGCUGAUGCCGUUUCUAUAGCCAGGAGCCAAUGGCUAGGGACAGAGCCAAACCCUGUGAGCUGGACCAGGAGAAAUACGAUGCUGAUGACAAUGUGAAAAUCAUCUGCCUGGGAGACAGCGCUGUGGGCAAGUCCAAACUGAUGGAGAGGUUCCUCAUGGAUGGAUUUCAGCCCCAGCAGCUGUCCACAUACGCCCUGACCCUCUACAAGCACACGGCCAUGGUAGAUGGCAAGACCGUCCUUGUGGACUUUUGGGACACAGCAGGCCAAGAGCGGUUCCAGAGCAUGCACGCCUCCUACUACCACAAGGCCCACGCCUGCAUCAUGGUAUUUGACGUGCAGAGGAAAAUCACGUACAAGAACCUCAGCACCUGGUAUACAGAGCUUCGGGAGUUCAGGCCAGAGAUUCCGUGCGUUGUGGUGGCCAAUAAAAUCGAUGACAGGCCAGUGUCCUGCCUUCUCUCUACAGCAGACAUGAAGAUGACCCAAAAAAGUUUCAACUUUGCCAGGAAGUUCUCCUUGCCUCUGUACUUUGUCUCAGCUGCUGAUGGUACCAACGUUGUGAAGCUCUUCAAUGAUGCAAUUCGAUUAGCUGUAUCUUACAAACAGAACUCCCGGGACUUCAUGGACGAGGUUUUGCAGGAGCUUGAGAACAUCAACUUGAAGCAGGAGGAGGAGGAGGAGAUGCCGGACAAAGAGCAGCCUGGCCGCAUCCAGAGCCCGUCUCCCUCCUGACCACAGGAGGCCUCUCUACGGUCCACCUCCCUUGGCAACCCUUUCAACUCUCAGUGGAGGCACUCUCCCAGGCCGUCCCCUGCUACACCUACAAACCCAGCUGUCCCAUUUGCACCCUCCAACCCCGACUUCCAUGGCCCAGGAAACCUGAUCCUUCAAUACAUGCCACUAACAGGUGUAAGGCCCAUACCAGACCCUGAAGCCAAAUUAGGGAUGGACCCUCCAGGUCAUAUGGGACAGUAAAGAAAAUCGGAAUAUUCUCUGUAUGUCUCAUCAAGGAUAUUUAGGUGUCUCCCCCUGCCCCCUCAAGAGCUGAUGUCAGGGCCUAUUCAUUGCAUUUCCACCAAGAGGAUGAUUUCUAAUUCCUGACUUUUCUCCUCUUUAGGCUCCCAGCUAAACAAGUCAUUUUAAGAAUGAUUUUGAGCAGAGAGCUGUUUGUUCCAUAAGUUUUUCUAGAGCUCUUCUGGAUAUGGCCAGUACUUUGAUGAAUAGUGAGGCUAAGAUCACAGGCCCAAGUUUGCUGUUAACAUCAAGUGAAAGCAGGUGACCGGUCUGGCCACACAGUAACACAAACAUCAUUGUUGUGAGCAUCAAGGGUCAAUACAGCCACAUCACAAGGCAUGCAUGAUAAAUUGACUUGGAAGCUUCUUUUAAAAUCCAUAUUUCAACAUAGGAGGCUUUUCUUAAUUUUUCUGAGAACUAGUGUGGGCACUGAACCUCCUUGGUUGGCAAGGGCUGCUGAGAACUGUUGUGCUGCCUUUUCCAUUUAUCUCCAGGACUUGUCGCUCACUAGAAUGCUUUUAUGAUCAUCUUGUACAUCGUUUCCAUUAAAAAUUUUUUUACAAUAAAGAUUGAAUUACAGAAACA